AUUUCCCACUUCCGUCCCAGUUGCUUACGAUUUGGGUCUGCACCGGAAGUGCCUGUGCAGCAGAUGUACCAACUGAGUGCUGUUUCGGUCGCCCUCCCAUCUUUCCCCGGCUGGGUAUUUGCGUCGCACCAUGGCGCCCAAGGGCAAAGUGGGCACGAGAGGGAAGAAGCAGAUAUUUGAGGAGAACAAAGAGACCUUGAAGUUCUACCUGCGAAUCAUACUGGGGGCCAAUGCCAUUUACUGUCUUGUCACCCUGGUCUUCUUCUACUCAUCUGCUUCAUUUUGGGCCUGGAUGGCCCUGGGCUUUAGUCUGGCAGUAUACGGAGCCAGCUACCACUCUAUGAGCUCGAUGGCAAGGGCAGCCUUCUCUGAUGAUGGGGCCCUGAUGGAUGGUGGAAUGGAUCUCAACAUGGAGCAGGGCAUGGCAGAGCACCUUAAAGAUGUGAUCCUACUGACAGCUAUUGUGCAGGUGCUCAGCUGCUUCUCCCUCUACAUCUGGUCCUUCUGGCUUCUGGCGCCGGGGAGAGCCCUUUACCUCCUGUGGGUCAAUGUACUGGGCCCUUGGUUUACAGCAGACAGUGGCGCCCCAGCACCAGAGCACAACGAGAAACGGCAGCGCCGACAGGAGCGGCGGCAGAUGAAGCGGUUAUAGCCACUGACGUUGUGGCUACAGGUUUCUGGGCCCCGGGUGGCUCUAUCAGGCUACAUGGCCCCCAUGCCAGGAGCAAUGAGGGCCUAGUCCAAGGGCCAAAGGCAGUCUAAGGUAUAGGAUUGGUGAAUAAAUGGCUUACAAUGUGGAUAA